AUGGGUCCUCUCUCCAUACGUCUGCCGAUCCACAGUUACCGAGCGGAGUUAGUGGAAGCCGUGAAGUCGUCGCGAUGCAUGGUUGUGACGGGCGAAACAGGUUGCGGGAAGACGACGCAACUCCCGCAGUUCAUCCGAGAGGCUGGGCUCGCGUCGAAAGACUCCGCCAUAGCCGUCACCCAACCGAGACGAGUGGCCGCUAUCUCUGUUGCCAGUCGCGUGGCCGAGGAGGCGGGAGUAGAGCUAGGUCGUGAGGUGGGGUAUCAGGUUCGUUUCGACGACUGCAGCUCGAGCCUCACGACCAUAAAGUACAUGACGGACGGCUGCCUCCUAAGAGAGCUACUGGACGACCCAGAGCUGUCCCGAUAUGGGGUAGUUGUACUGGACGAGGCCCACGAACGGAGCCUGGCAACAGACAUUCUCUUUGGGUUAGUCAAGAAUCUUCUCGGGAAACCACUCUCUGAGACGAAAGCGAGAAAACGCGAGCUGAAAGUCGUGAUAAUGUCUGCUACUCUCAAUUCGCAGCAGUUCUCGACCUUCUUCGACUUUUGCCCUGUUUUUGAAAUCCCCGGUCGGACUUUCCCCGUGUCUUACCACUACUGUUGCCCGGACGACGGUUUCGACGGGAAAAAACUGGUCUACAUGAGCCAGAUGGCCAGGGUGGUGAUGGAGAUACACCUGGACCACCCCGAGGGAGAUAUCCUUGCGUUUCUCACCGGCCAGGGAGAGAUCGAGACCAUGUGCAACCGACUCUUCAAAAUGGCGGAGGAGAUUGAUUACGAACACGACGUGAGCUGUCAGGAGAUUUGCGGGAUGAAGAUUCUCCCGCUCUACGGGGCCAUGUCGACAGAGCAACAACAGGCCGUGUUCCACGGUCGAGAGCCCGGGAUCCGGCGAGUCAUUGUCGCCACCAACAUUGCCACCACUUCUCUCACUGUCGACGGAGUCGUUUACGUAGUAGAUUGCGGAUACGUUAAGCAACUCGCCUACAAUCCUAGCACCGGACUGGACACCCUCUCAGUCGUGCCUAUCGCAAAGUCAGAGGCGAUCCAGCGAGCAGGGAGAGCAGGACGCACAAGCCCCGGGAAAGGCUUCAGACUCUACAGCGCGAAAUUCUUCGAGGGUCUCGAACGGGAGACCGUCCCGGAGAUAAAGAGGACCAGUCUGACUAGUGUCGUCCUCAGCCUCAAGUGCAUGGGAAUACUGAACGUGGUCGAGUUUCAGUACCUCGAUCCCCCAGACGAAAAAAUGGUCCUCGAGGCCCUCAGACAGCUGUUUUUCUACCGCGCCAUCAACGCUGAUGGCCACGUGACCGAUUUAGGCCGUCAGCUGGUGCAGUUUCCACUGCUCCCAAGUCUUGCCAGGGCAGUUCUCCACUCUAGGACACUCGCCUGUCAGGAAGUUGUCCUGCCCAUCGUCGCGAUGCUGUCUGUGGAGAGCGUCUUGAUCAGGCCCAGCUCCACGAAAGACGCCGAGAGAGCUCUCCAGAAACACAACUACCUGGCACAGGUGUCUGGAGGGAGCAGCGAUUUCUCAACCCUCUUUACCAUCUACCAACUGGCCACCUCCAGCGCCGACAUGCGGUGGUGGUGCCGGGAUCACUAUGUCCACUGGAGAGCCGUCAACACCGCUCGAAGCAUCCACCAGCAGCUCCAGUCUCUCCUGGACAGACAACCAGAAACAGACACACACGAAACUCCUACUGCCCCACUCAGCCAACGUAUACGACAGGCUCUGUGCUACGGACUAUUUGGGAGUGUAGCGAGGCUCUCGCCUGGCCAGCGUAGCUUCAGAACGAUGGACGGGCACAGCACCAUGUGCUACAUCCACCCCAGCUCCGCUCUAUUUGGUCAGGAGGAGAAACUGGACUGGGUCGUGUUCUAUGAGCUGGUGGACACUGCCAAGACGUACAUGAGGACACUGUGCCCCAUACGCUAUGCCUGGGUGAAGGAACUACUCCCACAACUACAUGAUAUAGACGUCUACAGACUCAGCAACUGCGAGAGGAAGAGAGAGGUCGCGGGGGUUGUUGCCGGGGAGGAUCUCACUCUGGCAACCAAGAAGAUGUGUCAGUCACCAAAGGAAACCCUCAAGGAGAGAGCGUCAUCAGCUAGGGAACGAUUUUUAGCCAGGAAAAAUUCUAGGAAGUAG